CAACAGCCCAGGGAAGGUAGGACGUUGCCUAGAAACACUCAAACAAAACAGGACCUAAAUGGCUGUGUAAAAACAAAGCAAUUGGUGGUUAAACGAACUCACUGACUGGUUCAGAUCAAAAGGAGCGAUACUAGGCUCCUUCUGAGGGGAGGGGAGGGGAGGGUAAAAAAGACUGAUUGACUGACAAGACUCAUUCUGUCGGUCACCAGGCGUAAUUUCCUCGAGGACAUUCGACGGCCCGUUGGUUACAACGACGUAACAAGCUGUAUCGCGAGAAGGACCGAGAACAUGGAAACAAGACAACAAAAAUAAAUUUGUGGACAACAAGCCAGAGUGCAUGAUGGCGGCGUCUCAGCUGCGCCGGGACAAGAGAGCUACUGCCGCCCACUUGAAAGCAGACUUAAACCGGACUGACAAUAGUUCUGGGCUCCGACAGCUUCAGGAGCUACUCGACGCUGUGCUUAAUCCCGAAAAACCAGCGACAGACACAGAAGCUCUCGACUGGUGUAAAUGUCUGAUUGCAGGAGGCGAAUGUUUCGAGGAGUUCUGCAAAACGGUUCGCUCCUAUGACAACGCGACUCUGUGCGGCUUGGUUUGGACGGCUAAUUUCGUGGCAUAUCGAUGCCGGACCUGUGGCAUUUCUCCGUGCAUGUCCCUGUGUGCUGAGUGUUUUAAUAACGGAGACCACACGGGCCAUGACUUCAACAUGUUCAGGAGCCAGGCUGGUGGGGCCUGUGAUUGUGGAGACAGUAAUGUCAUGCGAGACAGUGGAUUUUGUCAGCGGCAUCGGUUGAGAAAUUGGGAAAGUACCCCCUCCAUACCGCUAGAUCUUCUUUUGAUGUCUGAGAUGGUUCUUCCACGUUUUAUCUUGUGUAUCAUACAGUAUCUAAGAGAUGGAUACAUUGAACCAGACACCUCAACUGAGAGAGAUCUACAGAAAGUCCUGCAACAGCUGGAACCUCAGAUCUCCUUCCUGGAAGAGCUCACAAAAAUGGGAGGAGCCAUGAGGACUGUACUGACAAAAAUCUUGACCAAUCAACAAGCAUUCAAGGAGUUGAGCAUGGGCCAAGAAGACAACUUGUUUGCCAAAAAGAACUAUGACAAGUAUUUGUCAGCACUGAAGAAUUCAGGUCUGGUGUCCGUGGAGGAGAAAGCUCAAGGUGCUACAGCUGAUGUCACCGUUGGGGCUGAAGGAGGGGCAGGCGCGAUGGUCUUGCUGGGAACUGGACCAGGGAGCCCCGAUGAGUCAAGUAAAGAGGAGGAUCAAGAUGGAGGACAGUCUGUUGGUCAGAGAAAGAGGGUUAAGCUAAGCAGCAGUACCAAAGACCCAUGCAUUAUCGAAUCACUAAAGCAUAAAUGCUUUCUGGAAGAGUUGCUGUUUUGGACAAUAAAAUAUGAAUUUCCCCAGAAAAUGGUCACUUUCUUAUUAAACAUGCUGCCAGAUCAAGAUUACAAGAUCACAUUCACAAAAACAUUUGUUCAACAUUAUGCCUUCAUAAUGAAAACGCUGAUGAAAAGCCACGAAUCAGAUACGAUGUCCAACCGCAUUGUGCAUAUCAGCGUUCAGCUGUUCAGCAACGAGGAGCUGGCCCGACACAUGACGGAGGAGUGUCAGCUGCUGGACAUCAUGGUCACAGUCCUUCUCUACAUGAUGGAAAGUUGCCUUAUUAAAAGUGAACUUCAAGAUGAAGAGAACAGUCGCCAUGUUGUAGUGAACUGCAGUGAAGCACUGUUGAAGAAUAACACCUACUGGCCCCUUGUUAGUGAUUUUAUUAACAUCCUGUCACACCAAAGUGUAGCGAAAAAGUUCCUGGAAGACCACUCUUUGUUAAUGCUGUGGAUGAGCUUUGUGUCAUUUUUCCAAGGUAUGAACCUGAAUAAGCGGGAGCUGAAUGAACAUGUGGAAUUUGAAUCUCAGACAUACUAUGCAGCAUUUGCAGCAGAGCUUGAAGCCUGUGCACAACCAAUGUGGGGUCUUUUAACACACUGCAAAGUCAAAGAGACACAGGAAUACACUAAAACUGUGGUUCGUUAUUGCUUGGAGACCCUGCAGAUCUGGUUUGAUGCCAUUGGCUUCAUUGAUGAGCCUGCUCCAAAUCAAGUGACAUUUCACCUGCCACUUCACCGCUACUAUGCCAUGUUCCUCAGUCGGGCAGUGAAAUGCCAAGGUCUGGAUCUGGACAGCCUCCUGCCUGAUCAAGAGAUGCUGAUGAAGAUCAUGGUACAUCCCCUCCAAAUACAGGCGAGUCUGUCAGAGAUCCACAGCAAUAUGUGGGUGAGGAAUGGUCUGCAGAUCAAAGGACAGGCUAUGACUUAUGUACAGUCACACUUUUGCAACUCCAUGAUUGACCCAGACAUCUAUCUGCUCCAGGUUUGUGCAUCCAGACUAGAUCCUGACUACUUUAUUUCAAGUGUCUUUGAGAGGUUUAAAGUGGUUGACCUCCUGACAAUGGCGUCUCAGCACCAGAAUGCUGUUUUAGACUCGGAGCAGGAGAGGCCAAUGUUAGAAGGAGCACUGACUUUCCUAGUCAUACUGACAAGCCUUCGCAUUCAUCUGGGGAUGACUGAUGAUGAGAUCCUUCGAGCUGAGAUGGUCUCUCAGCUGUGUAUGAAUGAUCGUACACACAGUGCGCUGUUAGACCUUAUUCCUGAAAAUCCCAACCCAAAGAGUGGUAUCGUACCAGGAAGCUGUAGUUUUGAGGACAUGCUCUCUGCUGUGGCUGAUUUCAAAGCACCGGUCUUUGAGCCUGGAGGCUCCAUGCAGCAGGGCAUGUACACACCCAAAGGCGAAGUGUGGGAGAAAGAGUUUGAUCCCAUCAUGGUCAUUCUCAGAACAGUCUAUCGCCGUGAUGUUCAGUCAGCAAUGGACAGAUACUCAGCAUUUUUAAAACAGUAUGGGAUUCAUACUGGCAACCCUUGGCCACCGUACAAGGAGAGGACUCCUUUGCACUCGUGUUACAAAGGUUUAAUCAGACUGUUGCACUGCAAGACACUGCACAUUGUCAUAUUCACUCUUCUUUACAAGAUAUGGAUGGAUCACCAGAACAUGUCUGAGCACGUGCUGUGCAUGGUGCUGUACUUGAUUGAACUGGGCUUGGACAACCAGGUUCAAGACAACAAGGAGGAUGAGGAGCCUUGCAUUGAGGAGCACUGUCAUGACAGCUGGUUCCCAGGCACCAAUCUCCUAUCCAAUCUUCACCACAUCAUCAACUUUGUUAGGGUUCGAGUUCCUGAGACAGCUCCUGAAAUAAAGAGGGAGACCCCUCCCAGCACCAGCUCUGAAGCUUCUUCUUAUGGCCAGAACUCCAGGCGUCUUUCAGGAAAUUGGAGAGAGAACCUACGAGAAGCUCAGGUGUUCAGCCUCGUAGCAGAACGCAGGAGGAAGUUCCAGGAGAUUAUCAACCGUAGCAACAGUGAGGCCACCCAAGUUGUCAGGCCCAAGAGCUCCUCAACACGCUGGGUCCCACCAGGCACACCCCCACAACUGGUGACUGAGAUCCUGGAGAUACGAGAAAGUAUGUUGUCCCUUCUCAUUAAGCUCCAUCAGAAGAUGUCAUCCAAGCAGAACUCCCUGUCAGCCUCCUGGCUUGAGGAUAUGGACACGAGCCGCGUUGCUCAUGGAGAUGGCAUUACAGCCAUUGAGCGAAUCCUUACCAAGGCAGCCAUACGAAGCUGCCAAAUCAAACGUAGCAUUCAGGAUAUUUGUGGAAAGGUGUCUCCUCCAGUGCCACCAAAGAAAAACAGUCCCACUGACAAGAAAGCCAUGGAUAAAGAAGAAAGACGUCAGAGGGCUCGGGAGAGGCAGAAGAAACUGCUUGCUGAGUUUGCAUCAAGGCAGAAAAGUUUCAUGGAAACGGCCAUGGAUGUUGAAUCUCCUGAAACAGAAGCAGCCAUGGAUUUAGGAUCCUCUGAAGUUAUGGAAUCCGAAAUUCUCUACGACUGUGUGAUCUGUGGACAGAGUGGACCCUCCACUGAGGAUCGACCAACAGGUCUAGUGGUUCUUCUUCAAGCAUCCUCAGUUCUUGGGCACCGCUGCAAAAGCAAGGAGCCUAAGAAUCUACCGACGAGUGAUGAAGAGCACAUAUACCCUGUUGACACAUGUGGCGUGGCUCAUGAUGUCAGGCUCACGCUCAUGCAACAGUUCUUUAAAGAUAGUUCUUGUCUGCAAUCUGUGUCAAUAGGAUGGGAUGGGGGUGUCUACGUCCAGACCUGUGGACACACUUUGCAUAUAGAUUGCCAUAAGUCAUACAUGGAGUCUUUAAGGAAUGACCAGGUGCUCCAGGGUUUCUCUGUUGACAAGGGGGAAUUUACGUGCCCACUGUGCCGACAGUUUGCCAAUAGUGUCCUUCCCUGUCGCCCUGGGCGUGGCACAGAUGGUGGUGCAUGGCACACACCCACAAACAAGAAAAUAUGUGUGCUUGUGAAGGAGGUGGAGGAUCUGCAGGAAAAACUGGCUCUUUUCCCAACGGAGUCUAACUUGAGUAAAGAAAUGGAGCUGGUUAUCAAAGACAUUAAGAACACCACCCAGAAGAAAUACAUGGACUAUGGCAAGAACCCUGGUUCCCCUGACAAUGAUUUUCUCUUCAUGUAUUCAGUGGCAAGGACCAACUUGGAGUUGGAACUUGUGCAUCGGGGAGGAAACCUGUGCUCUGGGGGAGCAAGUGCAGCUGCCAAACGCUCAUGUCUGAAUCAGCUUUUCCAUGUGUUGGCCAUGCACAUGCGUCUUUACAGCAUCGAUUCAGCCUACAACCCAUGGACGAAGUUGACUCAGGUUACGCAAAAUAAUGAGUCGGAUGACUUUGAUGAAGAGAGACCUGAGGUCCCCAUGCUGUUUCGAGAUGUCCCUUCCCUCCUCAUUAUCUUCGUGCUAACUAUGCCACAGCCGCUGCGUAAAGAGCACUUUACCUGUGUGGUCAAGAUGUUGUAUAACCUGCAGUUCACUCAGGCUUUGGCAGCGCUGUCAACAAAGUUCAGCUCAGAGGAAAGGCAGGCUUGGGUCACCUCUGGAGCCCUUAAAAAGAAUUCUGCAAAUUCAGAGAAGUGUUUUGAAGCUCUGCUCAGUCAUGUCAUCAGUGAACUCUCAAAGGACAAGAGUGUUUACAAGGUGAAUGCUGAAGAAACUACAAUGCUCAGCUCCAGUGUGUGGUCCCCACAGUCUAUUGAGUUCAGCCUCCAGCAGUUCUCCCUGCCCUUCCUUCGCCUCUCCUGCCUUCUACAGCAUCACCUCUAUGGAGAAAACCUAACUGGCUGCCUGGAAGAAGAGGAGUUUUCAUCCUUAUCUGUGUGCUUAGGGCUACUACCCUCAGCCCUGCAACCUUCCAACACCGUGCACAGUGCCUCAUGUCUGGAGUGGCCCAUCAGCGCCUUUGACCUGGUGACACAGUGGUGCACUGAGGUCACAGGGCUUUCUCAGAUGCAUGCUGAGCAAUCACUGACCUUGCUGGUUCAAGAUCCUCAGUGGGUAGCCCCCCGCCUUCUUAAGCUACCUGACAACUACAAUAUCAUCUUCCAGUACUAUCACAGAAAGGCCUGCACAGCCUGCAAAAAGGUGCCAAAAGACCCUGCACUCUGCCUCGUUUGUGGCGCUUUCGUCUGUCUCAAAGGUGUAUGCUGCAAGCAGCAGGGUGUCUGUGAAUGUGUUUUGCACUCCCAACACUGCGGUGCAGCUACAGGCAUAUUUCUACUGAUAAAUGCAUCAGUCAUCAUCAUCAUUCGUGGACAUCGUUUCUGUCUAUGGGGCUCCGUUUACCUCGAUGCUCACGGAGAAGAGGAUCGCGAUUUACGCCGAGGCAAGCCUCUCUUCUUAUGUGAAGAGAGGUAUCGAGUGUUGGAGCAACAGUGGGUUUCUCACACCUUUGAUCACAUCAACAAGCGUUGGGGGCCUCACUAUAAUGGACUCUAAGAUCUUCCAAAGCCCACUAAAAAUAACAUAACAAAAGCACACAGUCCAAAAUGAAGAUUUCUUUUUCUUUUUUAAUUUCCUGGCUUGUGUCUGCCUUUAUCAAAAUAAUUGGGAACUUUUAACAUGAUAAGCACAAACAUCUGGUGAGAAUACUUUUGCCACAGCUUUGGUUAAUGUGAAGUUUGGUGUACAGUCAUGCUUAAAAGAUUAACAGGUGUGUGUGUGUGUGUGUGUGUGUGUGUGUGUGUGUGUGUGUGUGUUCAAGUGAUUGAGUGGUUUUCAAAAAAAAAAAAAAAAAUGAAUUUGAUGAAGUUAAAGUAAAUACAUAUAUAUAUAUAAAUAAAAAUGACAACUCCUCCCAGAAAGUCAGUUGGCCUGGAGCAGGCUAAAAAAGCCUGCCUUAUUUAUUGGGUUAAAAAAAAAAAAAAAAAAAAAAAAAAACAAACAAAAAAAAAAAAAAAAAAAAAACAUAAA